CCUUCUCUGUUUUUCUUUAAUCUCAAUACUUACCACUCAUUCCGGUACUAAUAUCCUGGAUUUUUUUUCUCAUGUUUUGUAAAAAAUUGUUUUUUCUUUUUUGAAAAGAGGAAGCAGAACGAGUUAAUAAUUUUCACAUGCUUCCCUUAUUUUAUAACGUUGUUCCAUUCCAUGUGGUCUGUUGUGGGGUAUGUGGUUCUUCUGAUCUGUGUCGGUUGGAUUUCUUCUACCCAGAUUCUGUUUCUGUCUUCUCUGUCCAGUUGUUCCUUAAAAACAGCAACUUAAUGGGAAGUUCUGGAACAACCGACUAUGGUGCAUACACUUAUCAGAACCUAGAGAGAGAGCCUUAUUGGCCCUCUCAAAAGCUCAGAAUUUCCAUAACUGGGGCCGGUGGUUUUAUUGCCUCACACAUUGCUCGCCGCCUCAAGACUGAGGGGCAUUACAUCAUUGCUUCUGAUUGGAAGAAAAAUGAACACAUGACUGAAGACAUGUUCUGCCAUGAGUUCCAUCUUGUUGAUCUUAGGGUCAUGGAUAACUGCUUAACAGUAACCAAGGGUGUGGAUCAUGUUUUCAAUCUUGCUGCUGAUAUGGGUGGGAUGGGUUUUAUUCAGUCCAACCACUCUGUUAUUAUGUACAACAACACAAUGAUUAGCUUCAACAUGAUUGAAGCAGCCAGGAUUAAUGGUGUUAAGAGGUUCUUUUAUGCCUCUAGUGCUUGUAUCUACCCUGAAUUUAAGCAGUUGGAAACCAAUGUGAGUUUGAAGGAGUCUGAUGCCUGGCCUGCAGAGCCACAAGAUGCAUAUGGGCUAGAGAAGCUUGCAACUGAAGAGUUAUGCAAGCAUUAUAACAAGGAUUUUGGAAUUGAGUGCCGCAUUGGGAGAUUCCAUAACAUAUAUGGCCCUUAUGGGACAUGGAAGGGUGGUAGGGAGAAGGCUCCUGCAGCUUUUUGUCGUAAGGCAAUCACUUCCACAGAUAGGUUUGAGAUGUGGGGAGAUGGAUUACAGACAAGAUCCUUCACCUUCAUUGAUGAGUGCGUGGAAGGCGUACUCAGGCUGACUAAAUCAGACUUCCGGGAGCCAGUGAAUAUUGGAAGUGAUGAAAUGGUCAGCAUGAAUGAGAUGGCUGAAAUUGUUCUUAGCUUUGAGAAUAAGAGUAUACCAAUACACCACAUUCCUGGUCCAGAAGGUGUUCGAGGUCGUAACUCAGACAAUACAUUGAUUAAAGAGAAACUUGGCUGGGCUCCAACUAUGAAGUUGAAGGAUGGGCUGAGAAUUACAUACUUCUGGAUUAAAGAGCAGCUUGAGAAAGAGAAGGCUUCUGGUGUUGACCUAUCAGUCUAUGGAUCCUCCAAAGUGGUCCAAACUCAAGCACCUGUUCAACUAGGCUCACUUCGGGCUGCAGAUGGCAAAGAAUAAAGCAACUACUGCAUUGAUGAAGGGUUAGCUUUUAUAUUGUUAUCCUGUAGAAAUCCCUUCGGGCAGCAGAUGGCAAGGAAUAAAGUGACAAAUGCUUAGGUGUAGUAAUCACCUAAAUGUUUCAAGUGAAGGUUUAGCUUAUAUGUCGCUACUUAGUAGAGAUCUUUGGUUAUAGUUAAUGAGUUAUUAAAGUUACUUUUGGAGUUUGUCAUUGUCUUUGAACGGAAGCUGUGAUGCCCUCAUUGUAUUUUACGUGGCUUGUUUGAGGCAACAAUUGGUUCUUAAAGGGUGUUACAACAUUAGAAAUUUUAAAUUAUAUGUUUAAUUG